UCCAGUCUCGAGCACAUGCGGUCUCUGCUGAACUUGCUUUGGACACGUCCGCCCAGCAGUAUAUGAUACACACGUAUUCUUGUCAGCCCUUCCCCACCCUCUGGCCCUCUCGAGGCGCUUGUUCAUUUCACCGCCAGGAGCCUCGGCAGCAUAAAUCAAUGCCCGACGACGUGAAUACGACAGGACCUCCGAUCGAACGGGACACCGGAGCCGCACGCUUCUGUGAUUGAGCUAUCAACUUGACGACCAUACCGAGUGUUGCCACACCAUCGCCACUCUUCCUACCCCAGGCCACGCCCAGUGCGCGCACUGUGGCAAGCGGGAGCGACAGCUCUCGGCGGACACCAAGUUGAAAAGGUGCAUGGGAUGCUCGGCGGUCAGGUAUUGCAGCAGAGAGUGCCAGAAGGCUGCAUGGCCAGAACACAGGCGCACGUGCGGCUCCGCAGGGGAUCUUCAAGUUGUGACCCGUGCGGGACAUGUUGCCUCCCUUGCCCAGGCUCAGGCCGUAAACAACUGGGUUACGUACGUGCACGAGUACGGGCUCGAAACGCUGGCCAACGCCGCCGUACUCGCCAACGGUGGUAUCGCCGCCAACCUGGGAUCUCCUCGGGUCUUGCGCUUGACGUUGGCCCCUGGCGAGGACUCGGGCGACGGAGGAAACCCGGCCUCGGCCUUCCGCCUUGUUGACGUCUCCAUCGAGCACAAGGACGACGUGCCCGCGAUCACAAGCUGGGAGCUGGUCCAAGCAAACUGCCGCAAGAGAAGACGGUACCUCCGACAGAGACUCCCGGACGUCACCGUCCUCGGCUGCAUCCCCGCCGUCUGCAUUCUCGCGGGCACGACCAUCGCGACGAUCUACACUUUCCCCAUCUACGGGCUUCGGAGCCGGCACAUGAAGGCGAUGCCUGGGUGCAUCCGCGCGGUCUGCGAGGACGUCAUGGCGAUGUGCAUCGAGACGGUGAACAUGGGCCUCGUCCUGCGCCCGUCUCCGUGCGAGCGGUGCGUGAAGUGCGGGACGCAGGAUGGCCCGCCCCGGGGCAGGCUCGUCAAGCUGGACGAAGGGGGGUGGGACUGGGAGGCUGUGGAUGACUGGGAGUGGGUGCCGGCCGAGGACUUCAAGUCUCGUUCCGGCCUUGACCCUGCGAAGACUUGGAACCUGUAUCAUGCCUCCGAGUUUGCAUACAUAGGACACGGU